AGCUCCACCUUCCUGUGAGUCACCGCCACCUCUCCCGUCUCCCUUGCAGAGGGAAUAUCCGAGCCCCAGCCCGGUGUCGGCGUCCAGAGGGAUGUGGAGCCACAGAGGCAGCGGACCCUGUGACUGACACAACCUCUCCUGCCCACAGCUGAAUGGAAAGACUGCAGAAGCAGCCACUGACCUCCCCUGGGAGCGUCUGUUCUUCCCGUGGAUCCAGCGUUCCUGGAUCACCCUCCAGCAUCGUGGCCAAAAUGGACAACGAGGUCCUGGGAUACAAGGACCUGGCUGCCAUCCCUAAGGACAAGGCGAUCCUGGACAUCGAGCGCCCCGACCUGAUGAUCUACGAACCCCAUUUCACCUACUCUCUCAUGGAGCACGUGGAGCUGCCCCGGAGCCGGGAGCGCUCCCUGUCUCCCAAAUCCAUCUCUCCCCCUCCGUCUCCAGAGGUCAUCCGGGAGUGGCUGGAGAGCCGGCAGCCCCCCACCAGCACCCCCGUGCCCGCCUCGCGCCAGGGCGGCUCCUCCACCCGCAGCAGCGUCCAGCACUUCCACCGACCCGAGACCGACACCACGGAGCUCAACAUAUACAAGAAGCCCCCGAUCUACCGGCAGAAAGACCACCAUUCCAGUGCCCACCACGGGAAGCAUCUCAUUGAGGACUUGAUCAUCGAAUCCUCCAAGUUCCCGGCGGCGCAGCCCCCCGACCCCAACCAGCCCGCCAAGAUCGAGACCGACUACUGGCCGUGCCCCCCGUCCCUGGCCGUCGUGGAGACGGAGUGGAGGAGGCGGAUGGCCUCCAAGAGAGGGGAGGAGGAGGACGAGGACCUGACGGAGGAGAUGAAGAACCUGCGGGAGCUCCAGAAGCAGGAGCUGAGCAAGGUCACCUCCAACCUCGGGAAGCUGAUCCUGAAGGAGGAGAUGGAGAAAUCUCUCCCGAUCCGGAGAAAAACCCGCUCGCUGCCGGACCGGACGCCCUUCCACACGUCCCUACACACGAGCUACAAGAGCUCCUCCCUGCCAGCCUCGGGCAGGAGCACCCUCACCCGGCUGCAGUCAGCAGAGUUCGGCUCGGCGGGGAGCGAGAAGGGCAGUCCAGCCCCCCAAAACGCCCAACGCGGGCGCAGGGACAGAGGGAACUCCCUGCCCAGCAUGUUGGAGCAGAAGAUCUACCCCUAUGAGAUGCUGAUGGUGACGAACCGAGGCCGCGUGAAGCUGCCUCCCGGCGUGGACAGGACCAGGCUGGAGAGACACCUGUCCCCCGAGGAUUUCCUGAAGGUCUUUGAGAUGCCCCCGGAGGAGUUCAGCAAACUGGCCCUCUGGAAGCGCAACGAGCUGAAGAAGAAAGCCUUCCUCUUCUGAGCCCCGCCCGGCCCCGAGCUCAGUCCCUGUCGCACCGUGUACCCGCUUUAGGGCUCUCAGCCGGUUUUUAGGGCCCCUUUCCCACACCCCCAGACCUGCCCCCCCCCUCCCAGCCUCGCUCCUCCCGUGGGAAAGGGGCUCGGGGGGGGGGGGGCGCGAACCUGCCUGGCCACGGGGUGAUGGGGCAGCCCCAGCCCCAGGGCAGGCACGGUUCAGCCAGGAGGGGUGGUUUGGGGGGGGGUCUCUGGGCUUUGUACCCCCUUUUUGCCCCCCCCUACACCCCUCCCAGGACUGCUGGCAGGGGCUCUGCUCUCAGCCGGCCAGGAGCACAUUGGCUCCGGGGGGUGGGCACUGGAUGGGAGAGGGGUU